CAGCGCCCCCAGUUGUCCUCCGACUCGCCCUCGGCCUUCCGCGCCAGCCGCAGCCACUGCCGCAACGCCACCCGCAGCCACCGCUCCAGCCACCCGCACCAGCCCAACCCCAGCUUCUGCUGCAGGUUCUCCAGACACGGUCCCUGCGCCGACACCCUGGAGGUUGGGAUGCUCCUGUCCAAAAUCAACUCCCUCGCCCACCUGCGCGCCGCGCCCUGCAACGACCUGCACACCACCAAGCUGGCGCCGGGCAAAGAGAAGGAGCCCCUGGAGUCGCAGUACCAGGUGGGCCCGCUACUGGGAAGCGGCGGCUUCGGCUCAGUCUACUCAGGCAUCCGUGUCGCCGACAACUUGCCGGUGGCCAUCAAACACGUGGAGAAGGACCGGAUUUCCGACUGGGGAGAGCUGCCCAAUGGCACCCGAGUGCCCAUGGAAGUGGUCCUGCUGAAGAAGGUGAGCUCGGGCUUCUCCGGCGUCAUUAGGCUCCUGGACUGGUUCGAGAGGCCCGACAGUUUCGUCUUGAUCCUGGAGAGCCCCGAGCCGGUGCAAGACCUCUUCGACUUUAUCACGGAAAGGGGGGCCCUACAAGAGGAGCUGGCCCGCAGCUUCUUCUGGCAGGUGCUGGAGGCCGUGCGGCACUGCCACAGCUGCGGGGUGCUUCACCGCGACAUCAAGGACGAGAACAUCCUCAUCGACCUCAAUCGUGGCGAGCUCAAGCUCAUCGACUUCGGGUCGGGGGCGCUGCUCAAGGACACCGUAUAUACGGAUUUCGAUGGGACCCGAGUGUAUAGUCCUCCAGAGUGGAUCCGCUACCAUCGCUACCAUGGCAGGUCCGCGGCUGUCUGGUCCCUGGGGAUCCUGCUGUAUGAUAUGGUGUGUGGAGAUAUUCCUUUUGAGCACGAUGAGGAGAUCAUCAGGGGCCAAGUUUUCUUCAGACAGAGGGUCUCUUCAGAGUGUCAGCAUCUCAUUAGAUGGUGCUUGGCCCUGAGACCAUCAGAUCGGCCAUCCUUUGAAGAAAUCCAGAAUCAUCCUUGGAUGCAAGAUGUCCUCCUGCCCCAAGAGACUGCUGAGAUCCAUCUCCACAGCCUGUCACCAGGGCCGAGCAAAUAGCAGCCUUUCUGGCAGGUCCUCACCUCCUUGUCAGAUGCUCAAGGGAGGGGAAGCUUCUGUCUCCAGCUUCCCAAUUACCAGUGACACUUAUCGCCAAGCAGGACAGUGCUUGAUACAGGAACAACAUUUACAACUCAUUCCAGACCCUAGGCCCCUGGAGG